UAUCUUUCAUUGACAACGUAGUUGUUCAUCAAUCAUCAGUUCACCAUCCAUUUCACUUUUCGGCAACGACUGCAAGAUACACAACAUCGAAGUGGAUCAGUUCUAUUCUAAACUGGUGGAUAUAUAAACAGCUUAAUGGAAGACCACAUCUAUUAUGGCAAUUGCAGUAGCAUAAGCAGCAGUAACAGAAGCAGCAGUAACAACAACAACAAUAACAACGGUAGCAACAGUGAGUUGACAACUAUAGUAGAUGGAAGCAUGCUUAAUUUUUCAAACCAAGAGUUCUUUCCAAGUCCAAACUUAGGUGACGUUCCAAAUGCUGAAUCCUUAGGCAAUAUUUUAGAUGAUAUCCUACAAGACCAUACUGAUGGUAGCAACGAUACCAAUACUAUUCAGCACCCAGGCCAAGAUUUAACAAAUCAUACACAUGACUAUCUUCGUUUGUAUGCUGAAAUGUUAAGUCCUCCUACUGAAGAGAAAAGUAGUGACAACGAUGAUUCGACUCAAAUUGAGGAAGAAAGGGCUAACAAAAGAGGCAGAACGGAGCGAGGGGAUAACAGGGAAGCUGUUAGAAAGUACCGUGAAAAGCUCAAGACACGUGAAGCCGCGUUAGAGGAUGAGAUUAAGGAGUUGAAGACGUUAAAUCAACAGUUACUUAAGAAGUUAGAGGGUGAAGCUGCAAUGCAAGCUGAGAUUUAUUGGCUUAAGAGUUUGCUUGUUGAUAUAAGAGGGAGAAUUGAAGGCGAAACUCGCUCUUUUCGGUAUGGUAGACCUUCGUCCAAUACAAGGAUUUAUGGCUAUGAUCGUAUGCCUCAAUGCAAUGGACAUCAUGGUGGUACUGGUGGAAAAAUUAGGGAUUCAAGACCGAUGUUACAUGGUCAAGUACUGAAUGGUGGUGAUUCUGAGCAGCUUAAUUGCGGGGCAACCAUAGGAUGUGAACCAAAAGAUCCCUUUGCAGGCAAAUAUGACACCCUUUAACAAUUCAAUAUUAUCGGUAUGAUAAUAAAAUAUAAGGUUUCCAAUCAUAACGUUUUGGUUUUCUCCUGUAUCGUUUUUUUUUUUUUUUUUUUGUUAAUUUAUCCCAAAGAAAUACUUGCAACUAAUUAUGUAUGCGUGAACUUUUGAUUUCUUCUCUUUCCAUUAAUAAAACAAAACAUACAUGAUGAUCAAAGAGAGUGGUGAAGAUUUAUAGUCAUAUAUUUGAUGUAGUUUCUUAUAUUGUAAUUGCG